CCUUUAAGAGCCAGUGUUUCCAGCAGCAGAGAGCGGAGCAGCCCGGAGCCUCACACUGCAGAAAACAUCCACAGCUGCCGGUACCUGACAGCUCCGCUCGGCUUGGCUCGGCAGACAGGCAGCACCGGGCCGGCUCACCUUACAACACAACGGCGUCCUGCAAGGGGGGAAUGGGGGGCACCUAGCCCGUUUGCUAGUCGACUUACAUUCUCUAGAAGCGGAGAAGGCUCCAGCAAGAUGGUAUCCUGGAUCAUUUCGAGGAUAGUCGUCCUUGCCUUUGGGACGCUCUACCCGGCAUACUCCUCAUACAAGGCUGUCAAAACGAAGAAUGUGAAGGAAUAUGUAAAGUGGAUGAUGUACUGGAUAGUAUUUGCGUUGUUCACUACAGCAGAGACAGCCACAGACCUUCUCCUAUCUUGGUUUCCAUUUUACUUUGAGCUAAAGAUUGCAUUUGUGAUCUGGCUCCUGUCCCCAUACACCAAGGGUUCCAGCGUCCUGUACCGCAAGUUUGUCCACCCAACCUUGUCCAACAAAGAGAAGGAGAUAGAUGAGUACAUAGCACAGGCCAAAGACAGGAGUUAUGAGACCAUGAUGAGGUUUGGGAAACGGGGUCUCAACUUGGCUGCUAAUGCUGCCGUCACUGCAGCUACCAAGGGGCAGGGUGUUUUGUCAGACAAGCUGCGGAGUUUCAGCAUGCAGGACCUAACUCUCAUCAACGCCGAGGACGACCUGGCCCUGCACACUUCAGAUGCCCGCAUGAGACGGGACCCCAUGGACGAGAUGAGCUCAGGGUCCAGCACGCUGCCACGUGCCAAGAGCACUGCUGCACGCCAGACUCGCUCUUCAACAGCCGCAGCCCUUGCUGAUGACACGUCGUCCCAACACAGCUCUGAUCUGUCAGACACAAGGACUGAACACUCUGAUGAAGAUGUGGGAGACAAAGCCCCCAAGCGCAGUACCAACACCAAGGCAACCAAGAAACCUGCUGCUGCUAAGACAGAGGCCCAAACCAAGACGGUGAAGAAGCCGGCCAAGAAAAAGACGACGGCUAAUAAUGCAGAGACGCCACCAUGAGUCCUGCUCUCCACAUCCACCAACCUACACUCGCUCCACCUACAGCCUGCAGUCUCUUCUUCCUGUUUGGUCUCCACACAAACGCAUAUACACUAUAUACACAUAUGUCAAGCACCGAAACUGUCAAUCUUGCUGGUUUAGGUCAGGAACUGUUCUUUUACAUUUGCUGCCUUGCUGGAUUUUUGUCUCACUUUUUAAGGUGAGUGUAUCAGAGACUUAACUGUUGGGGAUGUUCUCUUAGACAUUUAUAUUUAGUUUGGAGAGUAGUCUAAUUGAAAGUGCUCCCUUUUACACAUAGAAUCUGAAUCUCAUGUUUCGUUAGUGUUUCUGAUGCGCGUCGUGUCGUGGCUGCACUUGACCGAGGCUGUCUUUGGGUGAAGUAUUGGCAAUAAAAUAAGACAUAGACGUCUUUAUUUGGAUCUCCUCUGGGCUAUUCCCACAUGGUUCCAGUCGCUCAUACAGGCCACAAGUCUUCAUCUUGACUUGGUCAUCGUGGAAGAAAUCCUCAGAAAGUCUUUUCUUUGGAGUCCAGACAACCACAACAGUUGUCUUUAGACAUAUUGCUUUUAACCAAGUACCAGGAAGGGGACAAGAUCAGCCUUUGAGGCCUGCAUCCACCAGUGGCUGUAAACAUCCUGAACACUGUUUUAGAUGCUGUCAUUCCCACUUACCUGUACCUCAGCUCAGAACAGCACUAUUUGUGACCUAACCUGUUUUGAUUUAAGUUUAAUUUUAAACUCUUGGAACUGAUUUUAUUUAUUUUUUUGCCUCAGUUUAAAUUCAGCUUCUCCUAAGUUAGUCUGAAUAGCUGAGUGAGUGGGGCUCUGCUACUUUCAGAUUUCACUUUCAGCAACUUGCAUCCUCACUGGUUUAGUGUGACUUUGAAGUAACAUACAAUGCUGGAGUGAGGGAGUGGUUUGUUUAGUGCUGGCUUAGGUAUCCUUCAUCUAGACACUGCUUUUUAGUUGUAUUAAUCUACAAUCAUUAAUUUAUUAGGCUUUGGUUUUAUCCACCUCUUUGAGUCAUGUAUAAUUAGUAAUAAGUAUGAUCAGCUGGGUCUCUUAAGUCAAUUCUGUAACUGAGUACCGGUAACUCUAACUGAUAGCUCUCUCCCAAAUAAAAAAAGUAGUCAUAGACAAGUUGCCAGUGUUUGUGAGGUAACGUAUCUGCUGUCACCACAGUAGUGAUAUGUUUAUGAUUUGUGUAUUUGUGUUCAACACUGUAAGGUAAUGGAGUAGCUCUGCACCUUCUUUCACUCCUUUUACCCAACUUUCUGCAUCUUACAAGCCAGGAUGAAGCAAAGCUAUAUGGAAAUGAUGAAAGAAACAAAACCAACAUCAGCAGACUGAGAGGAAUAAUUUUCUCAUCCACGUGUUGCAGUUCCAGAUGCGGAGGGAGAGUCAGAGCAGGCUGUGGGUGUUUCUAAACACACUGGACUUCUGGUUACCAGCCACUGCAUUGGGCAUGGUUUCGUCUGAAUGCACUGAAAUGGGAAAUUUAAAAGCAUGAAGCUACGUCUACGCUCAUCACAGCUGUCUGCAGUGUGACACUAGUUUAAACCAGUAGAGGGAGACAAACCACAACCUCAACUGUUGGCAAAGUUACUUAACAUUAUGUAAACCUGAUGUAAAUAGUUACCUUGACUGUAUAUACAAUAUGAGCUUGCUUGCCUUAUUCAUUCUCUGGGCUUAAAUAGAUCUUUUUUUUUCUUCUCUUAAAUCAUUUGUGUGCUUUUUUUGAAUCUUAGUCUUGACAAAUCACAUGUUCUGAGACCAGAGGACCUUGGGACUUUUCAGUAUAGACUUCUGGUGUUGGAAGUAAUUUUUGUAUUUUAAAUUAACAUGGCGACUAUUCUUUCUCUGUCUUUUCUGUUAAGACAUUUUAACUUUUCUCCGUCACAGUAGGGACUGCAAAUCCUGAAUUGAGGCUUGUACAUUCACAACCUGCUAUCUUCUCUACUCAGACUGGUGGCAAAAUACUUUCGGGCCAAAAGUUAGAAACCAGCCUGUUUUCUUUUUCUUAAUUUAAUGUUUGCACUGUAUAAAAAGAAGACGUCACAUAACAGGCAUUUCAUCUUAUUAAGAUCCAACUCUGCUUUGUUCUUGUGUCAUUUUUGGAUAUUUAUUGUUGAUUAUUUUCUGUUUGAAAUCAGUGUUGUAUACAGGGACGUUCAUUUGUAUAUUGUUUGUGCCAAUUCUCAAAGAUCCAUAUCAAAAGGAUAAGAGUGUGUGUGCUGGCACAGUGGUACCUAACAAGGUCAUGUAUCAGUAAAUAAACUACUAAUAAAGGACAUUAAAUCUG